GGUGUUUUUACGUCAGACGGUUGGCGAUCCGUCUCCAAAACCCUAGACAGGCUUCAACGGGGAGCCAAGCGGCGACCUCUCCAUUUACACUCUAAACCCCACAACAACUCUUCUUCCCGUGUCUAAAACCCUAACGCAACUUUUCUGAGCUUCCACAAUCCUCCUUCAAUGGCGGAACCAAGUUCAAGCUUUAAACCUGUGAAACCCAAGCUCAAACCCAAACCCAGAACCCCCAAGCAAACCCCAGAGUCCAAGUACUGGUCCUCCUUCAAAACCCACCAAAUCCCAAACCUCAUAUCCUCUGUCACCUCCAUCAACUUUUCUCCCACGACUCCACACCCCUUCGCUGCCACCUACUCGACCUCGCUUACCCUCUUCAGCCCACAGACACUCUCUCCCUCCUCCACUAUCUCCUCUUUCUCCGACGUCGUUUCCUCCGCCUCCUUUCGCUGUGACGGCCUCUUGAUUGCUGCCUCGGAUCUCUCCGGACUAAUUAAAGUAUUCGAUGUCAAAACCCGGACCCCAUUGCGUAAACUCCGGUCCCACACACGCCCGGUACGUUUUGUUAAAUACCCAGUUCAUGAUAAGCUCCAUUUGGUCUCUGGCGGCGACGAUGCCCUCGUUAAGUACUGGGAUGUCGCCACCGAGACGCCAAUAUUAGAGCUUCAGGGACAUAAGGAUUAUGUACGUAGUGGUGACUUUUCACCUGUUAGUCAUGAAUUGUGUGUGACUGGAUCAUAUGAUCAUACGGUUAAGCUAUGGGAUGUGAGAGUAGCCGAUUCCAAAUCGGUUAUGGAGGUGAACCAUGGAAAACCCGUGGAGGAUGUGAUAUUUUUGCCUUCUGGGGGGCUAGUUGCUACGGCAGGUGGGAAUACGGUUAAGAUAUGGGACUUGAUUGGCGGUGGGAGAAUGGUUUUUUCAAUGGAGAGUCAUACCAAGACAGUUACUUCCAUUUGUGUAGGGAGAGCUGGGAAGGUUAGUGGAGAAGAGGGGAGGGAGAAUAGGGUUUUGAGUGUGGGAUUGGAUGGGUAUAUGAAAGUUUUUGAUUAUGGUAGGAUGAAAAUCACGCAUUCCAUGCGGUUCCCGGCACCACUUAUGUCAAUUGGGUUUUCGCCAGAUUGUGGGAUGAGAGUGAUUGGUAGUUCUAAUGGGGUACUGUACGUUGGGAAGAAGAAAACAAAGGAGGAGAAUGUGGAGAGUGGUGUAAGGAGUUUUUGGAGUUUAGGGCAGGAGGAGAGAAGGGUUAUGAGGCCUUCGUAUUUUCGCUAUUUUCAGAGAGGGCAGGGGGAGAAGCCAAAGGAGGGGGAUUAUGUGGUAAUGAGGCCAAAAAAGCUGAAGUUGGCUGAACAUGAUAAGUUGCUUAAGAAGUUUAGGCAUAAGGAGGCUUUGGUGUCGGUGUUAGACGGCAAGAAUCCAGAGAACGUGGUUGCAGUGAUGGAGGAAUUGGUGGCAAGGAGGAAAUUGUUCAAAUGUGUUGAGAAUUUGAACAAUGAGGAGCUUGGAUUGUUGUUGAUGUUCUUGCAUAAGUACACAACGGUGCCAAGAUACUCUAGUUUGUUGAUGGGGUUGACGAAGAAGGUGCUUGAAAUGCGGAUUGAAGAUAUUAGAGGUUCUGAGGCCUUAAAGGAUCAAAUUAGAAACCUUAAGCGGUCUGUUGAGGAGGAGAUACGGAUACAACACUCAUUGCAAGAGAUACAGGGUAUCAUUUCUCCUUUGUUGAGGAUAGCUGGGAGGAGAUGAAAACAUGACACUUAUAUUGCAUUUCCCGGUUUUAUGAUGUAGCUGUAUUAUUUAUUUACCUGCUUGCAGCUUUGUUGUCAUGCCAACUGAAAGUUCUGCAAUUUUGUUUCAUGAGAAUUUACUGUGUUUUCUUAUCAAUUUUGUGAGGAACUUUAGUUACUUGUUAAGAUUUAUCAUAUCAAAGUCGUUCUUUCCAUUGACAA